AUGAGUAGCAAAUAUCAUAUGUUAGAUAAAUCUCACGGGCAUGUUAAACCAACUACUACAAUUACAAAAAAAAUUAAAAUAUGUAUUUUACAUUUAUUAAAAGGUUUAUUAAAUUCUCCGGUCACUUUUUUCAAAUCGUCUUGUUCCAUCAUAUAUGUUGCUCUUUUCAUCAUUGUUCUAUUAAUAUUAAAUGGUCAACCAAAAAGUAUCUUUCCACCCAAGGCACAUAUUCCAUGGCUAACUAAUGUUCAUCAUGUUCAACCACUCGAAUGUAUUGCAGAUAUGAAUCAACCUGGAUGGCCACGUCCUGUACUAUCCAAUGAUAAGUCAGAUAUGAAUUUAACUGUUGUUACUGUUUCAGCACGACCAGAAUUUAAACGUUUACCAGUAACAAUGGCUGCGUUAUUAUCUCAUCUUGAUUCUCGACGUAUUACUGAAGUUAUGUUUCUUGUUCCACCACAAGAUGUUCAUCUUUUACAACCAUAUUUUUCAUCUGAACAAGUAAAAUCUUGGCCAUGGAGAGUAUCAGUUAUAUCUGAUAAUAUACUUUUAAAACAUAUUCAUACUACUUCUUAUCGUUUACAAAUGAUGUUUAAAUUAUUUGUUGCACAGAUAGUAAAAACAGAACAUUAUCUAAUACUUGAUUCAGAUUGUGUAGCUGUAUGGCCAAUACAUGUUGAACAAUUAUUACAUCAAAAUAAGAAUUCAUCAUUAUAUCAAGCUAUCAAUCAUGCUGAAGGUAGAUCAAGCCAUGAAAAAUGGUGGUCAGAAAGUGAACGAUUAUUGCAAAUUAAAUUAGAAUCAUGUGUGUCGUAUGAUAAAUCCGAUACAGAUAUACCAACAAUAGGUGUUACACCAAGUAUUUUAUCACGUACAAUUGCAUUACGAACAUUAUGUCGAUUACAAAAACUCUAUGGUGAUGAAAUUUUUUUAAAUAAAAUGGCUAAUUGGGCACUUUGGCGAGAAAUCUUUGGAUAUAUGUGGACGGAAUAUACACUUUAUUUUUUAACAGGACGUUGCACAAAAAUAUUUGAUACAUAUCAUACUGAUAAUAGUGCAUUAUCAUCUUCAAAUUCGAUAGCAAGAGUGGAAUUAACUGGUUUUAGUAUAUGGUCACAUCUAGAUUGGACAGUGAAAAAUCAAAAUAAAUUAAUUGAAUCUAUCCAUAAUGGAUUAAGAUGGCGUCAAAAAGAAACUGAUGAAGCCAAUGGUCAAGCGAUUACUGAUAAAUCAACCAGUAUGCAUAAUUUAUUUGCUGUUCUUCAAGGAAGACAUAAUGUUGAUCCAAAACUAUAUCAUCAGUACUUUUAUCCAUUAUAUAUCAAAUAUUUACAACAACAAAAACAAUCUGAUAAAUUAAUACUAAUACUUAAUAAUAUGACUCGAAAGCUUGCAAUUAAUAAGCAUUAA